AUGAAUUCGGCUUCAGCAGCGUUAUUUGAAGAACAUGCAAAUUUUCGUAAGCGAGAGGCUGAUGCAGCAUCUUUUCUAGGAUCAAGUGCAAAACGUAAAAAAACUGAGAAAUCAUCAUCUUCGUCACAAAAAACGAAUCGACCAAAAUCAACAUUUGGUCGUUCGAAAACAUCUACAUGCUUUCCAAAUGAUUAUCAUACAUCAAGUUCGUCGUCACAAUCCAGAUUUUUAAUACUUGCAAAAAUUGUCGAAAAGCUAAAAGAUUGUUUUCUCGGUGGAACUACUGACGCAAUAACCUUAGAUGAAAUUAUACAAGAAUCUGAACUUAUAAUUGAAUCAUCCGAUAAACAUUGGCUUGCUUCUGAAGCACUUUUGUCAAAUGAAAAAAUUGAUGUUAAAAAAGUCGAAGGUAUUAACAAAUUUGUAUAUAAGUCACCACUUAAUUUAAAAGAUGGUAAAAAACAAACACUUCUUAAUCUUUUAAAAAAUCGUCAUGAGAAAUGUGAAGGUGCUGUAACUGUUGAUGAUGUGCGAGAUACAAUUUCAAGAGAAAAAGCCGAUAAAAUAAUUGAAAACUUAAUAAAAGAUGGUCAAGUUGUGAAAGUAACUAGUAAUAAAAAAGAAAUUUUAUUUUACACUGAUCCUGCUUACAAGCUAAAAGUACACCCAGACUUUACUGAAUCAUGGAGAAAAACAUCUGUCGAAGGUUUAGAUGAUAAGAAGAUUUGGGAAUUUCUUGAUAAGCAAGGAUAUUAUGGUCUGAUGAAAAAUACGCCACGUCAAUCACAUUUAACUAACAAACCAAGACGAGGAGGUCGACGUCCUGACACAAUGAAGCACAAUCAACAUGUUGCUCAUAAACUAGAAGAUUAUUCCGAACCAUCAGCCAAAAAAUAA